GUUAUCCUUUUUUCCAGUUGACAAAUAUGAACUACUUGUAUAUCAAGCUUAAAAGUGGUCUCGUUCUCUGUGUGGCAUAUUAAAUAGUAUGUGUGUUAAUGGAAAUAGCACAAACAUCGGAAUUUAACGAUCGUGAUUCACAGUUGUCAAUACUCAGUGAAUAAUGCCAGACUUAAUGUCAAUAUGAAUGUGCCAUGCGUAGUAGUGAUUCUGUUAGUUUGCUUCAAAGGAGUUUUAGGCAAUGAUUGUGGCAAUAUCAAUUAUUCACAACCAGCUUUCAAAGGGAGAAAUGUUACAUUAUUCUACAAGCCAAUCGAAUUCUCGUUUUCUGAAAAACCUACAUUUUUCUACAUAAGGGGAACUAAUUGGAAACUUCUUUCAUCAACCAUUGUGUCAAAUUUAACGUCGGGCGUCUUUACUACGGUGUUUGACACAAAGCUUUCGAAUGUUGGACAACUAUAUGCAAAAUAUGGUUCAUGCUACAGUGAAACAAUUCAUCUCAACUUACAAGACCUUUCUGGGGGAUGUGGAUAUAUUUAUCUUCGAACACCGAAUCCUGUUGUGGGUAAGAACGUUGAAAUAGGAUAUUAUCCUGCACCGGCGGUGAUUGGGCUCACUGGUGAAUACAGUCGUGAGUGGUAUAAUGAAUCAUCAAGAUCUUUAAUGACCUUGACGGAGGGUCUGUUGACUGAGGAAGAAUUACCCAAUAAAGAAUUUGUCCUGACCAUUUAUAACUCCACUCGGUGGACGACGGGAAAUUACAGUGUGAAAUGUACGAAAAGUACCACCAACAGGCUCUCUACCGAACGUGUCUAUGUUAAGGUGACAGUUCCGCCUGGCCAGCCAUUUCUUCAGUCACCAAAUAUCGUCCAGGAUUGUCCCAAAUGCCUGGUUGGCAUCUUACAUGAAAAUCUCUACUACCAUGUUUUUUGCAAUACAUCUGGGGGCACGACACCCUCCAUAUAUGUCGGAGAUGAGGGAGGUACAGUGUAUAACGACACACAGUUCGAGAAUAUUUACAAAAUUUCUCGAAUUAUACGCGAAGAAGAUCAUAUGAAGACCGUAACCUGCAGUGUGUCGAACGCAGCGCUUGAAAACCCGUUAACAACGUCGGCUAAAUUCUUCGUUGCAGUAAAACCUGAGGUUCCAGUUCUGAACGUACCUAUCUUACGAGAUGGAAAUCCUGCAAAUAUCACGUGCAUUUCAAGAGGAGGGAGACCCGCCACAAACUUAAGUCUCUGGUUGGAUGAAGCGAACUAUUCAGUAGACCAUGUAAAGACUUACAAGACUUACUCGACAAGAACAUAUUCAACAAUUUUAACUUUUAACAACCCUGCCAGAAAGGAUUGGAAUAGAAAGUUUGUGUCUUGCGUAUCAUCUUCACCCUUAUUUGGGAAAACAGUGACACAACAAAAGACACUUAAUUGCAUAUAUAAACCGAGUGUUAGCUUGUCGGUUCAAAACAAAGUAUGGCUAAAUGCUCAUGACACUACCAGCGUAAUUUGCACGGCAAAGAGCCAACCACUUUCGGAUAUUGUUUGGUCGGUUAACGGAGACACACAACUCCUCGUUUGCAAUAAGUCCAUAGAAUGUGAGAUUCAUACACUGCCAAUAGAAACAGAUGAACACAGAAACUAUAUAUGCACAGCUUAUUUCGAAUUUGGAGACUAUGACACAAUUGCAACCAUUUCAUUUCUUGCAAUUGGAAGAGCUUCGACACAAAAGACAUAUGAAAUUCCAAAUGAAAGUGAAGAUGCGUCAUUGACCAACAGAAACGGUAUACCAAUAGUGUGGAUAGUCAUUGGGUUGAGCGUUAUUAUUGCGGUUGUCAUUAUAUCAACGGUCAUUGUAUUGGCCAGAAAACGGUUUUUAAAGAAGAAUCAUCACGCAAAUUCAAGCGAACCUCAGCCUGUCCAACAUGCCAACGUGCAGGGAAAUGAAACAGUAGAAAUGAACGAAGAGGUUACAUACGCCCAAGUUAACAAAGUCAGGACAAAUAGGACGGAAACAUUGGGGCCUAAAACGAAGGGUUCAGAUACUAACCUAGUGUAUGCAGAUAUAGACAUCGAACAUUUGGAGACGGCCAGCAAACCACCUUCGAGAGAGAGGCCGCCAAGUCCGACAGAAUAUGCUGAAAUUCAUACUAUCAGAACAGAACGUGGAUCAAACAGUGACAAUAUUAUUACCUCAAGUCAGGGAAAAUAAUAAGUUUACAUACGUGCCAAUAAGCUGAUGUAUUCAAAUAUAACAUAUUUCUGAAUAUUAAAAUUAAUAAUUGAUUUAAGUCAUAAAUCAAUCUGAGAAAUGGCAUUUACCAUUUGAUUUACAUUCGGUAAAAAGACAUGUGUAGGGAAUUUCAGCGAAAUCAGUCCCACUGAUAGCAAUAUUUUAAGAGUUUUAAGAUUUCCAAACAAAUAAUAUGUAUAUACAUGAUUAUACUAAUUUACUUUAACUCGAUUGUGAAGACGUUGCUUGUUUAACUUGUUAAAAGUAUUCAGUUUUGAUUUAUCUUAAUCAAACUUAUAAGUUGUUAAAGAGGUAAAUUUCAGUUUAAAAAAGACAACCUGUACUUAAGAGAAUGCAGUGGGUUUUUUUUCUUACCUUUGGUAAAAAGUGUUGAAUGAUUUUUAGCUCUACAACCCAAGGGCCAGAAGAGCUUAUGCCAUGUCGUGGUGUCCGUUCGUCCGUCCGUGUGUCCGUAAACGAUUGCUCAUGAACGCGAAAGUUUUGAGUGUAUCUCAAUCAAACUCAUACAGUUUAAAUGAGACCUCAAUUUCUCUUUUAAACUAGCCAUAUCCGCAUAUGCAUGAGUAAAGCAUGGCCCUUGAAAUGGUAUAGCCCUAGCAGAAGAAUACUCUAAGGGAGGCAAACUGUACAGAGAGUUGUGUAGUAUUGUAGUGAUUCUCUCCUUUUGCCGUCUGUUAACCAUGAGGAUCAUUGAUUGCUUUCCUCUGAAUGUGGGCUCAGCAAAGUGCCUGUAAUUUAUAUACAUUAUUUGGGUAAAAACAAAAACACCAAAAAAGUCCAGACGGUGGAGCAUAGGACAUCAUGGGCAUUUUGUUAUACUUUUACUUAAAAUAUAUGGGCGCCUUGUAAGAUGUUUUGUCUUUACCAUCUUUGUAAUGAUGUAUUUGUACAGUCUUGUUUUUGUAAAUACUUGUAUUUGUGUAUUCUUGUGUUCAAUUCACUGUUUGAACUAUAAAAUAUUCAUUAUAGGGUAUUUUAAUAAAGUUUAUCG